AAAUCGCCGCGAAAUUGUCGUCACGAGCGAGAUCAAGUGCCAGUAGUACGAGUUGCAUUCAGUAUCCACUUGAACACUCCGCGACAUGAAGCUAUUUAAACCAGGGUUCGCCGUCCGUUCCCUCCAGAAUCCCAAGGACUGAACACGGCACUGCGACACGACGAGCCGUAAGAUCAGCAGUUGGCUAGUAGCUUUGCUCGGUGGUAGCUUGAACUCAAGUGCCUGUAGUAGCAUUGCUCGGUAGUCACUUCUCAGUACUCGGUAGCAGAGUAGUCUAGUCUAGCUAGUUGCCGAUGUCGCCGACGGCCAUGUCGCUGACCACAACGAGCCGCCUGCCCAUCUGCUGGGCGCAGGACGUGUCCAAGCGGGCGCCUCCUGUUGCUAAGGUCACGCCUCCUUCGUCGUCGGACGCCACCGGUCUCAGCAGGAGAAGGCUGCUCCAGUCCGCGGGUCUUGGCCUCGGGAUCGGGCUCGCCGCCGCGACGAAGCCGGCGCGGGCCGAGACGGCGCCCGCGCUUGCGCCGGAUGAAGUGACGUCGAGCCGGCUGUCCUACUCGCGGUUCCUUGGCUACCUCAACGCCGGCGCGGUGAAGAAGGUGGAUUUCUUCGAGAACGGCACGGUGGCGGUCGUCGAGGUGGACGACCCGGCGCUGGCGAGGGUGCACCGCGUGAAGGUGCAGCUCCCGGGGCUCCCCGCCGAGCUGGUGCGGAAGCUGCGGGACAAGGGCGUCGACUUCGCGGCGCACCCCGUGGAGCCCAACCUCGGGCUGAUGUUUCUCGACUUCCUCCUCAACUUCGGCUUCCCGCUCCUCCUCGUCGCCUCGCUACUCUUGCGGUCGGCGACCAUGAACAACCCCGGUGCCCCGGGAGGGCCCGGCCUGCCGUUCGGGCUUGGUAAGUCGAAGGCCAAGUUCCAGAUGGAGCCCAACACGGGGAUCACGUUUGACGACGUCGCCGGCGUGGACGAGGCGAAGCAGGACUUCCAGGAGAUCGUGCAGUUCUUGAAGUCGCCGGAGAAGUUCACGGCGUUGGGCGCUCGGAUCCCCAAGGGGGUGCUGCUGGUGGGACCGCCGGGGACUGGGAAGACAAUGCUGGCGAAGGCCAUCGCGGGGGAGGCCGGCGUUCCCUUCUUCUCGCUGUCCGGGUCGGAGUUCAUCGAGAUGUUCGUCGGCGUGGGCGCGUCGCGGGUGCGGGGCCUGUUCAACAAGGCCAAGGCCAACGCUCCGUGCCUUGUGUUCAUCGACGAGAUCGACGCCGUCGGCCGCCAGCGCGGCACGGGCAUCGGCGGGGGCAACGACGAGCGGGAGCAGACGCUGAACCAACUGCUGACGGAGAUGGACGGGUUCAGCGGCGACGGCGGCGUGAUCGUGAUUGCCGCCACAAACCGGCCCGAGAUCCUUGACUCCGCCCUACUCCGCCCGGGACGCUUCGACCGGCAGGUCAGCGUCGGGCUCCCUGACGUGCGCGGCCGGGAGGAGAUCCUCAGGGUGCACAGCUCCAACAAGAAGCUGGACCCCGACGUGUCCCUGAGCGUGGUGGCCAUGCGCACGCCCGGUUUCAGCGGCGCCGACCUGGCCAACCUCAUGAACGAGGCCGCCAUCCUCGCCGGCCGACGCGGCAAGGACCGCAUCACCGUCAAGGAGAUCGACGACUCCAUCGACCGCAUCGUCGCCGGCCUCGAAGGCACUAGCAUGACCGACGGCAAGAGCAAGAUGCUCGUCGCCUACCACGAGAUCGGCCACGCCGUCUGCGCGACGCUGACGCCGGGGCAUGAUGCGGUGCAGAAGGUGACGCUGAUCCCGCGGGGGCAGGCGCGCGGGCUGACGUGGUUCCUGCCGGGGGAUGACCCGACGCUAGUGUCCAAGCAGCAGAUCUUCGCGCGCAUCGUGGGCGGGCUCGGCGGGCGCGCCGCCGAGGAGGUGAUCUUCGGCGAGCCUGAGGUGACUACGGGCGCGGCGGGCGACCUGCAGCAGGUGACACAGGUGGCGCGGCAGAUGGUGACCACUUUCGGGAUGUCGGAGAUCGGGCCGUGGGCGCUCACGGAGCCGGCCGCCCAGAGCGGCGACGUCGUGCUGCGGAUGCUGGCCAGGAACUCCAUGUCCGAGAAGCUCGCCGCGGACAUCGACAGGGCCGUGAAGCACAUCAUCGACCAGGCGUACGAGGUCGCCAAGGCGCACGUCAGGAGGAACCGGGCAGCGAUUGACCAGAUGGUGGACGUGCUCAUGGAGAAGGAGACGCUCACCGGCGACGAGUUCAGGGCGAUCUUGUUGGAGUACGUGGACAUUGGCAAGGAGCAGAGGGAGACGGCGGCCCGGACAGAGCUGGUCACUGCUUGAAGCUUGAAAAGAGUAGUGUAGAAAGAUAGCAAUAGUAUAGCGUAGUGUAAAUAUGUACUCGAGAUACUUGAUACAAGAUGAACUCUUUUGAUGCAAGGACGAGUUGAUCCUCGUUCUGUUAAGAACUUAAGAUUACUAGUAGUACUACAUUCAGCAUAAAAAAGGACAUAGGAUAAUCUGAAUGUCCGUGAUGACGAUUGCAAAAGGACCUCAUUGCUCAUAUAUGGAGUAAGUUGCUUGGA